UUUCAAACCACAAACUAUAUGUGGCUCAUGAUGCUUCUUCAUCUUCAAACCAAAGGUUCUCAUAUUUACACCAAACCCACAAACACACAAUAAACCCAUUCUCAUCACCAAUCUUGCUUCACAUUCAUUAUUAUGGCAGCAUCAUCGGUUACCGCAACAGGGUUUGCAUCUUCCUUUCAUGGAAGUUGGGGGACAUCCAUAGUUGGUGAAGAGUAUGGAACCUUGGUGGCUAAGACCACACCCAACGUGGUUCGGGUCGGGAGGCCGUUGAGGUCCGGACCGAUGAUGGGAAAUGUUAAUGAAGGGAAAGGGAUCUUCGCGCCUUUGGUUGUUGUCACGCGUAAUAUCGUUGGGAAGAAGCGGUUUAAUCAGAUUAGAGGGAAAGCGAUUGCGUUGCACUCGCAGGUAAUAACAGAGUUCUGCAAAUCGAUAGGGGCGGAUGCAAAACAAAGACAAGGGUUGAUUCGAUUGGCAAAGAAGAAUGGCGAAAAACUUGGAUUCCUAGCUUAACUAGUAGUGCAAUUUGCAGACAAAAGAUUGUAAGUUUGAUGAGAAAGUUGAAUUUUACCUCCAUAGUGUGUAUGUAUGAACAUUGGUGACCAUCAAACAUAUAUAUCAAAUUCACUUCAUAUCUUUUAGGUUUUA